GCGCGGCUCAGCCUCUCAUCGCAACGAAACUUGUCAAGCCGAGAGAGCAGCCUGAAAGAUCCCCACUGCAUCGCGGCGCAAGAACAAGAAGAGAUCCGGUCGCUGCAUCUCCCAGUCGAUUUCCUUCUGUUCGGUUGCGGAUUUGUUUGCGCAAUGGCUGCCGCUGCUCCGUCUCCGGCGCCGGCUCCGUCCCACUCCCCGAAGGUUGCGUCGCCAAAGGCCUGCGACAGGAAAGUCGUGCCGGUGACGGCCUCCGACGAGGUGGUGCUGAAAGAGAAGCACGUCCUGGCGGUCGACGACAGCUCCGUCGACCGGGCCGUCAUCGCCAAGAUCCUCCGCAGCUCCAAGUACAGAGUGACCACGGUGGAAUCGGCGACGAGGGCGCUGGAGCUUCUCUGCCUCGGGCUGCUGCCCGACGUGAACAUGAUCGUUACGGACUACUGGAUGCCCGGCAUGACCGGAUACGAGCUCCUCAAGCGCGUCAAGGAAUCCUCUAAGCUGAAGGAAAUCCCGGUGGUGAUCAUGUCGUCGGAGAACGUCCCCAACCGGAUCAGCCGGUGCCUAGAGGAGGGAGCAGAGGACUUCCUGCUCAAGCCUGUCCGGGCGUCGGAUGUGUCACGGCUGUGCAGCCGGAUCAGAUGAUAGCGCGGUGGUCGUUGCCGCACCAUGAAGGACUACUCUUAGGAUCUUAGGACCUUUUUUUUGUUCUUUUUCCCCCAAUUUUUUGGACAUAAAUCUGCUGCUGCCUGAAACAAGAAGCUAACUCUUGGGGCCUAGGGAGACUAGCUUUGGAAGUUAGGAAUUGGGGGAGCAUUUGCUUGCUCCCUUGUGAUCCUCUGCAAAAGAUGCAAAAAAAGAGAGGGAGAAUUCAUUCACUUCAGCAGAAGGAAAAGAAUUCUUCUGAUGUUGUUCAGAGAACUUCCCAUCUCAUCUGUUGAAAGAAAUGGCAUCAGAGCAAACCUGUUAACCGUCUCAAGAACAGAGUUUUUGACAUCAAUUCUAGGAUUAACAAUCAGCUCAAUUAUAUCUUA